AUGAGAGUGGCCGAAAUUGCAAGAUUUUAUAAGAAGUCAACAUCGACCAUUUGCACAAUAUUAAAGAAGAAAGAAGAAAUAAGGGGGCUAGAUGCAGCAAAAGGAGUCACGAGAAUAUCAAAGCAACGCCCACGUGUUCUGGAAGAUGUGGAAAAGUUGCUUCUGGUUUGGAUAAAUGAGAAGCGACUAGCAGGUGACACUGUGACCGAGAACUUUAUCUGCGAGAAGGCAAAGGCCUUGUACACCGACCUCGUAAGUAAACUGCCACGUACGUCAACAGAAAAUGAAGAAGGCUUUAAAGCGAGCAGGGGAUGGUUUGAUAACUUUAAGAGGAGAAGUGGCAUCCGUAGUGUUGUGAGGCACAGAGAGGCUCCAAGUUCGGACGCUAAGGCCGCUGAAGCGUUCGCUACCGAGUUCCAGAAGCUCUUGGCUUCUGAGUGUUACCUGCCGGAACAAGUUUUUAAUUGCGAUGAGACGGGGCUUUUUUGGAAAGAGAUGCCAAAGAGGACCUACGUUACAGAAGAAGAGAACGCAAUGCCUGGUCACAAGCCCAUGAAAGACCGUCUCACCCUCUUGUUUUGUGCUAAUGCAAGCGGGGAUUUCAAAGUCAAGCCCCUGCUCGUGUAUCAUUCCGAGAAUCCACGAGCCUUCAAGAAAUGCAAGGUGCAGAAGAGCCAGUUAAAUGUUCUGUGGAGGUCCAACAGCAGGGCGUGGGUCACUCGCAUCCUGUUCGUUGAGUGGAUCAACGAGGUCUUCGGCCCUGCAGUGAGGAGAUACCUUUUGGAGAAGAGUCUGCCGCUCAGAGCCUUGCUGGUUUUGGGUAAUGCCCCUGCUCAUCCUCCAGGCUUUGAGGACGACUUACUGGAGGAGUUCAAGUUCAUUAAGGUCAAGUUCCUUCCUCCCAACACCACUCCGAUCCUCCAGCCCAUGGAUCAGCAGGUCAUUUCGAACUUUAAAAAGCUCUACACCAAAGCACUAUUUCAGCGAUGCUUCGAGGUGACCGAAGGAACAAACCUUACCCUCCGAGAGUUUUGGAAAAAUCAUUUCCACAUCGUGAACUGCCUCAAGAUCAUCGAUAAAGCCUGGGACGGGGUCACCAAGAGAACCCUCAAUUCUGCUUGGAGAAAACUGUGGCCCGAUUGCGUUCUUGGGUGUGACUUAGAGGGGCUCGCUCGUGAACAGCAGCCACCAGUUGUCGAUGAAACUGUGUCCUUGGGGAAGACCGUGGGACUGGGGGUGCGUGAGGACGACAUUCAGGAGCUGGUGGAGGAGCUUGGCCAGGAGCCGACCACCGACGAACCGAUGGAUCUGCAUCAUGAGCAAGAACAGGUUAUGGAAGAGAUCUCGUCUGCAGAGGAGGAGGAGGAGAAGGCGGAGGAAUCCCCGGAUCCAAAUGAGAUUAGGGAGAUGUGUAAAAUGUGGGAAACAGUGCAAAAAUUUGUAGCAAAGCACCACCCGAAUAAGGCUGUAGCAGUGUGGGCGAUGAAUCUGUUUAACGACAACGCAAUGUCCCAUUUCCGCGAAAUCCUCCAACGGAGGCAAAAGCAAGUGUCACCGGAUAGGUUCCCUGUUAAAGUUGCACGAAAAGCAAACGAUUCCACGCAGGCAACAGAGAGCAGUGAUUCCGUCAGUGACCGUGAACGUCGUCCUACCCAGUAA